GCGGGGCGGGUGGCCAUGGCGGCGGGCGGCGCGGAGGAGCGGCGGCGGCAGCAGCAGCAGCAGCAGCAGCAGCGGCGGCGGCCGGUGCGGCUCUCGGCGCUCUCGGUGUACCGCCGGGUGGCGGGGGCCGGGCGGCUGGAGCGGCGCCGCCGCGGGAGGCCUCUGCCCGCGGGCGGCAAGUGGGCCGAGGCGCGACCGAGGCGCGGCGGGCCGGGAAGCGGCGGCCCGGAGCCGGAGGCCCCGGCGCCGCCGAGCGCCGCCGCGCCCCCCGGCCGCGUGGAGUGGGCCGAGGCGCGGCCGAGGCGCGGCCCGGAGCCGGAGGCCCCGCCGCAGCAGCCGCCGCCGAGGGCCGCCGCGCCCCCCGGCCGCGGGGAGCGGGAGCGGGCCGAGGCGCCGGCCGGCAGCCCUGAAGCGAAGCGGCGGGGCGGCCCUGGGGCGGCGGGAGGGGGCGGCGGCGCGGCGGGGCUGCUGCGGCGGCUGGGGCGGCUGGAGGACAGCCGGCAGCGGGCGGCCGAGCUGUUCCGGUGGCUGGUGGCCCCGGUGGCGCCGGGGGAGUUCCUGGCGCGGCACUGGGAGCGGGCGCCGCUGCUGGUGCGGCGGGGCGACCCCGGCUACUACGCGGGGCUCUUCUCCACGGCCGACUUCGAGGCGGCCCUGCGGGGCGGCGAGGUGCACUUCGGGACCCACCUGGAUGUGACCAGCUACGCCGAGGGCGUGCGGGAGACGCACAAUCCAUCCGGCCGGGCCCUGCCUGCCGUCGUUUGGGACUUCUACCAGAACGGCUGCUCCCUGCGGCUCCUCAGCCCCCAGGCCUUCUCCCGCACCGUCUGGCAGUUCCUCUCCAUCCUGCAGGAGCACUUCGGCAGCAUGGCGGGGGCCAACACGUACCUCACGCCACCGGGGACGCAGGGCUUCGCCCCCCACUACGACGACAUCGAGGCCUUCGUGCUGCAGCUGGAGGGCAAGAAGCACUGGCGUGUCUACAGCCCCCGGACGGACGCCGAGGUGCUGCCCCAGUUCUCCAGCACAAACCUCACGCAGGCUGAGCUCGGCGAGCCCGUGCUGGAGACGGUGCUGGAGGCCGGGGACCUGCUGUACUUCCCCCGCGGCUUUAUCCACCAGGGCGACUGUCUCCCUGAUGCGCACUCGCUCCACAUCACUGUGUCUUCCUACCAGAGGAACUCCUGGGGGGACCUCCUGGAGAAGCUCCUCCCGGCUGCUCUGCAGAUGGCCCUGGAGGAGGAUGUGGAGUACCGGCAAGGGCUUCCUAUGGACUACCUGAGGUACAUGGGGGUCGCCAAUUCGGAUGCAGUCGAUGCUCACCGAACAGCUUUCAUGGAGAAGGUGCAGAGCCUAAUAAAGAAACUCGUUGACUAUGCACCCAUUGAUGCUGCUGUGGAUCAGAGAGCCAAGUCGUUUCUCCACGACUGCCUUCCCCCGGUGCUUACACAAAGUGAAAAAGCGCAGAGUGUGUACGGCUUCCCGGCCCGGUGGCAAGAUGGAGGACCCUGCGAUGUCGAUAUACGGAUAACAAAAGACACAGAAGUACGUCUUCUCCGCCAUGGCAUCAUUAGAUUGUGUAAUGAAGAAGCAGGUGUGAUGCUGUAUUACACGACAGAGAACUCAAGGGUGUAUCACAAGGAGGAACCCAAGUUCCUUGAGAUAGAUCCUGAGUAUACAGACAGUAUCGAAUUUCUCCUGUCUUCCUAUCCAAACCACGUCCGUGUGGAUACCCUUCCAUGCGAAACCUUGGAGGACAAGAUUUCUCUAGCCACGCUCCUGUUUGAGAAAGGCAUUCUGACUACAAAGAAGCCUCUGGUGCAAGUGUAACUCUUAUUUUUUUAACAAAAUAAACAUACAUUUGUUUUCAAA